AUCUGGUUUCAUCUGUACAAGAUAAAACCUUCUCAUUGAAUAUGAUCAUUUUAAUAGAAGAACUGCUGUAGAUAAAAAGCUUCAGAAUAAAUAUUAGUAUAGAUAAUCAGCUUUAUUGGGGAAAAAAAUAUAUUUUUAUGUGUGAACCUUUUUGUUUCAUCACCCAUUCCAAUAGACUCAUAAAUUGGUUUUGUUCUUACAUUAUAAAUAUUCUUGUUAUUCAGUUUUAUUUUACAUAUCUGACAGUUUUGUAUACAUAUCAAGACUUUACACAAGUUAAACACAAAAUGUGGUGGUGGCAGCAUCAUGCUGUGGGGAUGAAAACUGGCUGAUUUAAACUACUUGUAGGCCACAAAAUUCUUUAAAUUAAAAAUUCAAAAAUUUGUUUGUUUUUUUUCCCUUUUGCAACAUUUUAUAAAAUCUGUGGAUCAUUAAAGAUCCAAAACAUAAAAUCAGAUUCAAACUGUCGCCUUAUUAAAAGAAAAACACAAUUUCCACUUUUAUGGGGUCAUCAAUUGUUUUCUGUUUUGUUCGCCAAAUUUUUACCAUCCUUGACUUGUAGUCAGGGGCCGAACAAAAUCAAUUCAAGGGCCACAAAUGGCCCCUGGGCCACACUUUGGACAUCUAAGGAAUUUUUUUUGACCAAAGUGAUUUACAGGUCAUCCAGUAAGACUGAGAUAUUCUGCAAUAUUUCAGCCUCCUGAUGUUAAAACCUGUUAGAAGAUCAUUCUGUAAAAUUACAAAUGCAAACAGCACUUUUUAGUUCAUUUUUUAAAUUGAAAAACACGUAUCAUAUCACAAUUAUGCUAUAAUUUGUGACAAAAAUAAUAAAAAAGGUGGUAUGAGUAGUUUUACAAGGAAAAGUUGAAUAAGUGAGAAAAGCUUCAUGUUUCUGUUGCUCACUUUCAGCUCUGGCUCCAGUGUUGUGGUUUGGACGUCGUCCUUCCAGAUAAGCCAGCGAAUUAACCGUGACACACUUUCUUCUUCACUCUCUCUUCUCGUCCUUUACUGCAGCAUUCGCUCUUUUCAUCCACAUUUCCUCCAUUUUUACAGUUUCUCCACCAGAAGGCGGUUUAGCUGCCAGCUGAAAUGGGAGAGUGGGACCUACUGGGCCGGCUGCUGGAGAAAGUGCAGAGCCACUCCACCGUGAUCGGGAAAGUCUGGCUCAUGGUUCUGUUUAUUUUCCGGAUCAUGGUCCUGCAAACCGCCGCUGAAAAGGUUUGGGGCGACGAACAGUCCGACUUCAUCUGUAACACUCAGCAGCCGGGAUGCGAGAACGUCUGCUACGACGUCGCCUUUCCCAUCUCUCACGUCCGCUUCUGGGUCCUUCAGAUCAUCGCCUUGGCAACCCCAAAGCUGCUGUACCUCGGCCAUGUCCUCCAUGUGAUUCACAUUGAAAAGAAGAUGAAGGAAAGAAUGAAGAACCAGGCAGAGCUGGACGACAAAGUGAGUCUCUUCCUCAGGAGGACCUUCAAGGUACCCAAAUACACAAAAAGCAGUGGGAAGAUCAGCAUCCGUGGUCGCCUCCUCCGCAGUUAUGUCCUGCAUCUCAUUGCCAAGAUUGUUCUGGAAGCCCUGUUCAUUGUGGGUCAGUACUUUCUGUAUGGUUUCACCCUUGAGCCCCGGUACGUGUGCUCCCGCUCCCCAUGCCCUCACAAGGUGGACUGCUUCCUGUCCCGACCGACGGAGAAAUCCGUCAUCAUCUGGUUCAUGCUGGUGGCGGCCGUGGUUUCGCUCGCCCUCAGCGUCGCCGAGCUGCUCUACCUGCUCGUGAAGGCGGUGAAGGAAUGCGCGGCCAGACGGCAGGACUACACCGUCACCCCGGUGACGCCCCCGAGGUCGAAGAAGAAAGUUUUUCAGAAGCAAAGCGAGAUGAUCCAGAAUUGUGUCAACCUGGAUUUGGAGCUGCAGGGGAGGAAGUCAGGGAUGAACGGGACGGUAGGCGCUGUAGACGUGGCGAUGGAGAGCAGCAUUGGGGAGGUCCACAUCUGAGUCAUCAAUCUGCGUUUUGUUUGAUCGGCAGAAAGGGAAGUCUUGGUGAAGUAAAUAAAGUGGGGAUGGAGAUCACCAUUCACAGAACAAAGUUACACAGAAUUGCUUAAAUGAGUAAAAAUGAAACUAAAAGCUUCAUUAUUUUAAAGGGGACCUGUUAUGCUUCCUUGAACAAGUUGGAAUGGGUCUCUGGGCUGCACCAAACAUGUUUGUUUACAUACGCAAAUUAUUCUUAGAUAAUAAAUUUUAGCUUGGUCACUUCUGCCUAUUUUAGCUCCUUUCAGGAUGAGCUGUUUUAGGGCUCUGUCUCUUUAAAUCCAGACAAUCUGCUGCUGGCCACGCCCCCCCAUCUCUACGUUUACACUCGCACGUGAAAAUGGCUGCAAACAGAGGCGCAACUAUAAAACCGUACAUUUUUAAUUCUGAGUCCAAAUUACACACUUGUCUUUUCCAAACAUGCUGGAGUUCUACUUGGUUGCUAGGUAACGGGGCUGGGCUCAGCUGGGGUUGCUAGGUAACGGCAAAGUGACUCAAGGUUGUGACUUAAUAAUUGUAAAGUUUUUGAAACGGCUCAUUUUCAAUGCAUCAAAAAACGUAUUGCCAGAAAAUGGCUGUUUUUUUUAAAGAACUUUGUUUUUAGAAGCAGUAGAGACCCAAACAGAAGUGAAUUUUACAAUACAUAGGUUUUAAAGAAUAUUUUUAGUGUUGCAUGUAUUGAUUUUAACUAGUCAAUUAAUUGCUAACUGAAGUAUACAGACUAAUGAAAAAACAUAUAUAUAUAUGUAUAUAUUACAUUUGAGAUAAAAACAGCUUUUUCUGUCAAAAUGUUUAACUCAAA